UCGUCAUAACAGCUGGUGAGAAUACAAUCUGAGUGACUUUGCAGUACAACCUGUUUUGUUGCUGGAUGGUCUUUUCUGAUUUACCGACUGAUAUACGAGGAAAGACAUGCUUUAAGCAUUUUAUAUCGCUGGGAGUCGUCUAGUUUGUAACUUUUAGGGUCCGAGUAUACCAGCUGCGCAAUGGAGUCAUGUGUAGCCGUAGAACGCGAAGUGGACAAAGUGUUGAGCAAAUUUGGAGCGCUCCAGGAGCAUACAAGAAAUUCACUAACGGAGCUCAUGGAUCACGUACAGGAUUUAAAUCGCCAGCUAGGAGAAGAGUCCCCGGAGAUUGAUGUUCGAGCAACGCACAAACUUUCGCUUGCACUUACACAGUGCGCUCAGAAAAUCCGUGAUGUGACCAGUGCCAUCGCUGCGGAGCAUCGCGAUCUUCAUGGCACGGUAUCAAAAGUAGGAAAGGCGAUUGACAAGAACUUUGUACCAGACUUCUGGGCCACAAGCAGCGAGGACGUGUUUGAGGGCCCCGAAAAAAAGGCAGCCCUGAACCAGGUAAUUGCCGAGCACCUGUUACGGCAGGGCCUCCUCGAUAUUGCCGAAGAACUGGCGCGCGAGGCAGGCCUCGAAUCUGCCCACAAGGAACCCUUCGCCGAGCUCAACCGCGUGCUCGACGCGCUCAAACGGCGCGACCUCGGGCCCGCGCUAGAGUGGGUCGUGCGGCACCAGGACCCGCAGCCCAGCCAGGACGGGAAUGUGUCGGCGCUGCCCUUCCAGUUACACCGGCUCCAGGUCGUAGGGCUGUUGCAGCGUGGCGCGGCACGCGAAGCCAUCGCGUAUGCACGCCGGCACCUCGCCCCACUCGCACGUGCGCACGAGCGGGAUUUUCAAGCUCUCAUGGGCAGCCUGGCUUUCCUGCGGGGCGGAGGCCCUACGGCGGGAGGUGCUGGUCUGGAACGAUCGCCCUACGCGUCUCUUCUGGAACCCGCACGCUGGGCCGAGGCCUGUGAGGCGUUCACGAGGGACGCGUGCGCGAGGUUGGGUCUCUCUGUCGAGAGCCCCUUGGCAGUGUGCCUCGAAGCAGGCAGCCGUGCCCUGCCUGCCCUUCUCAAUAUCAAGCAGGUGAUGGUCCAGCGACAGGUGGCAGGAGUGUGGAGCUCUCGCGAUGAACUGCCGAUAGAGAUCCGUCUGGGACGCCAGUUCCACUCUGUGUUCGCUUGUCCGAUCCUGCGCCAGCAGAGUACCGACGCCAACCCACCCAUGCGGCUCGUCUGUGGCCACGUGAUUUCUCGAGACGCACUUCAUAAGCUGGCGAGUGGUUCCAAGCUAAAAUGUCCGUACUGUCCCGUUGAACAGAACCCCGCCGAUGCUAGGUUAAUUCACUUUUGAAUCGGUCUUUUCUCGCAGCAAGAAUUGUUCCAUCCUGAAUACCUUGUACUGUGGCUUCGUUAUCUUGCUUUCUACAUUGGGUGAGCUCCUUGGGACAUGUCUGCUUUUUAGAAUAGUCUUACGUUGAAAUAUGGAGGAAUUGUAUUUAUAACAACCAAGUCGAUUCAUGGUACAUGCUGUAAUGUUGCUCGAAGUGCAUAUUAUGAACAGCAUUUAUCAGUUAUAGUAACUUUCCACUUUUAAUAUCAUCCCUCCUGUUCGAAGAAAGCGAGAAAACAAAUUUGGAGCUGUCAAGACGCAAAGGUGCUCUGGAUGCUGUGUACAUGAAAGACUUGGUUUGUCUUAGUUUGGAAGGUCUGCGCCAAAUAAAUGAAAAAGCAACUGGAGAAGAUUGUGGAGUGAUCUUGCUAAAUGUACACACGUGAACCUGUUUGCAGAGACGUACAUCAACUUGGUGCCGAGAAAACCGCCAGGGAACGCAGACUGUUCAUUUUUAAAAAGGGGUUGUGAAAUAAUGCUAACAUUUCCUGGAGAAAUCAAGUUCGAGAAUGUGUAUUUCAUCUCAAAGGCAUCAAGCGCUAAUGGAGACGGGAACAGGAAAGGCAACAGGUGUGCACCAGCAACUGAAGGUGCUUCUUCAUAAUGCGACAACAUAAGGCAGAGCAAUGAGAGACCCUCCCACGAGCUACAUGCCCUUUCAAACCGUAUUGUCGCAAGAGGCAAUACUCUGUUAAAGAGUGAUGGCUUGCUUACGUACUCACAGUGGCUCGCUAAGCAAAAAGCACUGUCAACAUUCACUCGUUCUAAUCUCUUAUUGUAUCAGUCCAAAUUCUCAUGAACUGCCUGCAACGAAGUGUGUUUUGAUUCAUUGUGGGAUAAAGGACCUCUCCACCUUUCU